GAAAGUGAGUUCAUUCCCGUAGCCGACAUAGACGAGCUAGGUCGAUACUUUUUGUCCUUCCGCUAGCUAGUUGUAGUCAAAGACCUCACGAAUAACCACAAACGGCUUCUCCUUCUUUAAACCGAGCCCGGCCAUGGACGAACAGGCAGGGCCCGGUGUUUUCUUCAAUAACAACAACAAUUCUAUUUUACCCGGUGGAGGAAAAGGACCGUUGCCCGACGGGGACGCUGGGGAGGCGGCUCGAGCCCAGUAUAGCAUCCCGGGGAUUUUGCACUUCCUGCAGCACGAAUGGGCCCGAUUCGAAGUGGAGAGGGCACAAUGGGAGGUGGAGCGGGCUGAAUUACAGGCCCAGGUCGCCUUCCUGCAGGGGGAGAGGAAGGGGCAAGAGAACCUGAAGCAGGAUCUGGUCAGGAGGAUCAAGAUGCUGGAGUACGCCCUCAAACAGGAGAGGGCAAAGUACCACAAGUUAAAAUACGGAACAGAGUUGAACCAAGGUGACAUGAAGCCCCCGAGCUAUGACUCUGAGGAAGCCAACGAGAACGAGACCACAGGUUCUCUCAACAACCAGCUGUCCUGGAGACAGGGUCGACAGCUCCUCAGACAGUACCUGCAGGAGGUGGGCUACACAGACACCAUCCUGGAUGUGAAGUCCCAGAGGGUACGCUCCCUGCUCAACCUGGCCGGAGACGGGGCAGGCCGGUCGGGGGACAGGCCCGGGGCGGAGCCCCUGGUCAACGGCACCGACACAGCCACUAGGGGCCCAGGGCCGGCAGGGACAGCAGAGCUGUCUGACUCCAGUGCUGUGUUGGAGGCCUUCAGGUUCAUUGAAAGUGCCGCAGCAGAUUUCAGCGAUGAAGAUGAAGACGAGGAGAACGAGGGGAGAGACCGGACCAUCAUGGAGUCAAGGACGAUCCUUAGGAAGAAGCCUUCUUCGUCAUCUCCCACUGUGUCUACCAGCAUGGACACCACUGUGUCUACCAGCAUGGACACCACUGUGUCUACCAGCAUGGACACCACUGUCCUCCCUAGCAUGGACACCAGCGAGGACCCGGACACAGACGAGGUUAUGAAGGGCUUCGACUUCCUGUCCAGCCCCGACGACAUGGACACCUCCCCAGAGUCCAGGAGCGCUGGGGACGGGACUGACUGGGAGAAGGACGAGCAAGGUCCCAUGUCUGAGGCCUGGGACGUGGACCAGGGCCUGAUUACCAAACUCAAGGAGCAGUACAGGAAGGAGCGCAAGGGGAAAAAGGGGGUGAAGAGGCCAAACCGCUCCAAGCUGCAGGACAUGCUGGCCAACCUGAGAGACACGGAGGACCCAUCCCCCAUGCAGUCCUCUGCCUCACCCCCCGCCCGGCCCAGCGCACCCAGGACCGCCGAGCAGGACACCAUCCGGACGGACGAAGUGGAGGCGCUGACAUUCCCCCCGACCUCGGGCAAGUCGUUCAUCAUGGGGGCAGACGAGGCCCUGGAGACUGAGCUGGGGCUGGGGGAGCUGGCCGGCCUCACCGUGGCCAACGAGGCCGACAGCCUCGCCUACGAUAUCGGCAACAACAAGGACGCCCUGAGGAAGACAUGGAACCCCAAGUUCACGCUGCGGAGCCACUUUGACGGGGUUCGAGGCCUGGCCUUCCACCCCCGGGAGCCCCUGCUGGUGACGGCCUCUGAGGACCACACCCUGAAGCUGUGGAACCUGCAGAAGACUGCUCCUGCCAAGAAGAGUACAUCUUUAGAUGUGGAGCCCAUCUACACAUUCAGAGCUCACAGGGGGGCGGUGCUGUGCGUGGUGAUGAGCAGCUCAGGGGAGCAGUGCUUCAGUGGAGGGGUGGAUGGAACCAUCCAGAGCUGGAACACCCCCAACCCCAACAUCGAUCCCUACGACUCCUACGAGCCGUCGGUCCUGCGGGGGGCGCUGUGUGGACACUCUGACUCUGUUUGGGGCCUGGUGUACAGUGCUGCUCACCAGCGCCUGCUGUCCUGCUCAGGGGACGGCUCCCUCAGGCUGUGGGACGCCAGCGGCACGGGCCCCGCCCUCACCACCUUCAACCACAGCAAAGAGCUGGGUAUUCCCUCCUCGGUGGACCUGGUGAGCACUGACUCCGCCCACAUGGUCACCUCCUUCACCAGCGGGCAGGUGGGGCUGUUCAACAUGGAGACUCAGCAGCUGGUCCUGAAGCUGGAGUCCACCCUGGAGCCAGGUACGCCCUGCCAGAUCAACAAGGUCCUGAGCCACCCCACCCUCCCCAUCACCAUCACCGCCCAGGAGGACCGACACAUCAAGUUCUUCGACAACAACACAGGGAAGCUGACCCACUCCAUGGUGGCUCACCUGGACGCUGUGACAAGCCUCGCCGUCGACCCCAACGGCCUGUACCUGAUGUCUGGCAGUCACGACUGCUCCAUACGUCUAUGGAACCUGGAGACCAAGACCUGCAUCCAGGAGUUCACCGCCCACAGGAAGAAGUUUGAGGAGUCUAUCCACGACGUGGCGUUCCACCCGUCCAGGUGCUACAUCGCUAGCGCCGGCGCCGACGCCCUCGCCAAGGUGUUCGUAUGACGAGGAGCUUCCUCCUCAAGCCCCGCCCUCAGCCUAACACAGGGACCAAUAGAGACAGAGGAGGGGCGGGACGUUCAGGCGUGGGGCCUAUCCCUGCCACGUCCUGAUUGAACUGGCGUACCGUGUAGCCAAUCGCCUCGGCCGAGCCCUGCCUCAGUGAGGGGGGCCAGGGUGCGGCUCUCUGGGAGGCUGAGGAGAUGAGAGCCGCUCUGAACUCCCUGCUGCCGUGCUACCAUCCAGGCAGGCCUGGGUGUAACCACAGACCUCCCCCCUCUCCCCCUGCCUCCACUCCUCCCCUCUUGGGUCCAGCUCAUCACCCUUCCUGCCUCCACCUCCACGGCCCCCUUGCCUCAUCCCCUACUGCCUCUUUUUCCUCACCCUCCAGCUCCACAGCCCCCUGCCUCACACCUCCUGCCUCCAGCUCCACGGAGCCCCUGCCUCGCAGCCCUUCUGCCCCCUCUCCUGGCACUGGGCUUGCUGUCAGACUAACGGGAGGCUGACCUCUCCCCUCUCCUCCAGGUCAGGGACAGGGUCAGGGUUGUGCGUAUGUGGAAAUGUGGGGUACUAAAAGCUUUCUGCCUCACGCUGUUCUCCGUCUCCACGGAAACUGCCCCUGUCCUCCUGCCCUUGCUUUCCUUUUUAAACACUUGUCAACAAUUGUGCCUUUGCUUUAGAAAGGUCUUGACAUUUUAUUUUACCAGGCAUCGUUUUCG